CCCCGCCUGGUGCUGCAAGCCACGGCCGUCGACGGGGAGAUCCACCUUCGGGACGUGUCCGCGCCGGGGAACCGCAGCUCGGACGGCGAAUGGGUGGCGGAGCUGCGGGAACGGCGCGGUCCUCCGCUCCGCAAACGGGUGCUGAGCAACGACCUGCGCUCCAUGGAGACCCCCAAGUGGCGGCGGGGCGACGGGUACGUGGGGGGGCCGGGCCACGUGCGGUGGUCGCAGCCGUUCCUCGAAUGCCGAGAUGGGAAAUUCGUCCCCGUUUGGGCCGUCGCUCUGUCUGCUGCCUUCUAUGGGCUGAAGCCCGACCUCAGCCCCGAGUUCAAGGGUGCCGUGCGGGUGGACAUCGAGCUGCGGGAUGUGGGCAUCGAUCAAUGCGACAGCGGGACGGGGUGGUUCGCGGGCACCCACCGCUGCGACCUCAACAGCACCCAGAAAGGAAUCUGCCUCUGGGAGCUCAGCCAGCACAGCAGGGACACAGCACAGGGAAUAUAG